AUGUCAAAUCUUACGAAACUCGAAUUUGUGGAUCUGGACAUCACUGGAAAUAACUAUUUAUCAUGGGUACUAGAUGUUGAAAUUCACUUAGAUGCAAAGGGUCUUAAUGAGACUAUUAAGGAGGGAAAUGAAGAAAGUACACAAGAUAAGGCCAAUGCGAUGAUUUUCCUUCGCUAUCACCUCCAUGAAGGUCUAAAGACCGAAUAUUUGACUGUUAAGGACCCUCAAAUUCUUUGGGCCAAUCUAAAGGAAAGAUAUGACCAUCAUAAAAUUGUGAUUUUGCCUAAAGCUCGUUAUGAGUGGCUGAAUUUAAGAUUGCAAGACUUUAAGUCUACACAAUAUCGUGAAAAAGGCUUCCAGAAAUAUUCUGAAUUAAUUUCUUGUCUCCUAGUGGCAGAGCAAAACAACGAGCUGCUAAUGAAAAACCAUGAAUUACUCCCAACUGGCUCUGCUCCAUUCCCUGAAGCGAAUAAGGGAAAGAAAGUAGAAACCAAUCUUGUGUAUAAAGAUGGCGAAGGUGAUUUUGAUGAUGGCAAUGCAACCCAUUUAGAAGUGGCUGAUUUUCUUUCUACCCCUGAAGGAAAUUAUUAA